CGCUCUUCUCGAUGAGAGGGGAGGAGAGGAGAGGAGAGGAGAGGAAAGAGAGGAGAGGAGAGGAGAGGAAAGAGAGAGGAGAGGAGAGAGAACGAGGAAAGCAUCUAUAGUGUAAGAGAGGGCGACAAUAAGUUCUUCAGAGGAGAAGAAAACCCACGACGAGUGAAGGAGAGGAGAGGAGAGGAGAGGAAAGAGAGAGGGGAGUAGAGAGGAGAGUAGAGCAGAGGAAAGAGAACCAGGAAAGCAUUGUAGUGUAAGAGAGGGCGACAAGAAGUGGAUGGAGAGGAGAAGGAAAGGAAUUGAGUGAAGAGGACCACCAGAGAGUGAAGCUGAGGGCUAAAGCAGAGAGGAUUACUACUAGAGCAGUGGGCGUGUGCGGAUCUCGACAUUUCCGAUGAAUCUGGUCGAGAGUGCGACCGGGAACGAUAAUUUGCCUGAACAAGGUAAUGGGAAGGAGGAGGAGGAGGAGGGGGGAAGGAGGACUGCGGGAAAGGAGUCCGGUAUCGCUGACGAGACAACGACACGGGAUCAUGCUGAAUUGUCCACGAACGGAGGUGAAGACGUCGGCGUUCGGAGAGAAGAGGGAGGAGAGGAAGGAGGGGAGGAGGAGGUCAUGGCUGACUCACCAAGUCCUGGAGGUGCGGGGGGUCCCCGCAGUGGAGGGGAGCACAUGGGGAAAGUGAUGUCUGUGGGCGCUCCGGCUGGUAGCUGGGACCCGCCGCCACCAGCUUUAGCGCCGAUGGGGCGGGGGGGACAGGCGGAAGUUCCACGUGGUGAGAAGGCGGACGAGGAGACUAAUCAAGACGACGCUCGGACUGAAGCAAUUAUUAAAGAAGAAGAUCGCGGCGAUGGCGGCGAGGAGGGGCCUGGUUCUCGUGAGAGAGAAGGCAAGGUGAAGAACGUCGAUGCGGAAGCAGACUCGGCAGAACAAGCGCCGCCGGGGACAGCCAGUGUCGCCAGUGAGCAGCAGCAUGUCGAAGAAGCUGGAUCGGGCGCGUUGACGUCAACACAAAGUGCCGCUGCUGCUUCGUCGGGCACUUCUCCUCCUCCUCAGGGCGAUGAUCCGGUGUCGGCGGCGGCGGAGGAAGGCGGCGGGGGCAAAUCGGCGGACAAGGGAAGCGUUGAUUUGGCGGCGGAGAAGGAAAUCGUUGAGUCGUCAGAUCCGGAGGAAGUGAAUGCUGCAGAGAAGAAGAAGAGUAAGGAGAGUAAGGAGAGUAAGGAGAGCUCUGAUCGUGGAGAUGAAGCUAGUGUCGUUACGUCUUUGGGAGAGGAGGAAGAAGGCACGUAUCCUACAGCAGCGGAGAAGAGUGCGCCGGCGGCGGGGGCAAACGGAGGGGAGGAGAAACCUUCCGAUCCUCGGUCGACAGGGGAGGAGGACAAGCCGGAAGGGCAGGGGGAUGUAGAGACUGCUAAGAAAGGCGGCGGGAAAGAAGAGAAGGACGCUGCGAAGGAGUCCGAGGAGGAGAAGCUUAUGCAGUUAGCCUCCUCUUCUCGAGAUUCUGGAUCUACGGAGAAGAGUAGUCAAUCUGCUGUUGAUGACGAUGAGGAUAACCGUGGAUCUGCAGCGGCAGGGGCCGUUGAUCGAGGGCUAAGUCCAUCGGCGCAAGAACAGCAGCAAUCAUCUGAGGAGGAGGUAAAAGCGCGGGAGGAAGUACUUGGUGCCGUGGGGGAUCCAUCAGUGAUUACGAGGGAUCGAGUGAAUGCCGGAGUAUCUGGAGGAGUCCAAAAAGCGGCAAGGUUCGCGCCAUGGAUUGUAGUCUUGGUGGCUGCCGCCGCCGCGUCGCUCUGGUCUCUCUUCAUGUCCAAACCCACGAAUCUUUCCCCUCUCUCGUUGAUCUCCUCAGAUCCGGCUUUUAGCGUUAUAACAGCCGCUCGCGUGCAGCUGCCUGACGGCCGACACCUGGCUUAUCGGGAAUGGGGGGCGAGCUGGGAAGACGCUAAGCACACGGUCAUCGUUGCGCACGGCAUGGUCUCUUCCCGCCGACUAGGCAUCCCUGGGGUCAAUCCGGAUCUGCUGAAGGAGUACGAUGUGCGCCUGAUUAGCUAUGACAGACCAGGAUUCGGUCAAAGCGAUCCCGAUCCAUCGAGGACACUGAAGAGUGGAGCGAAAGACAUAGCCGCGUUCGCGAAGCUAGUGAACGUCACCCACAGAUUCUGGGUGCUGGGGUACUCCGGAGGGGGACCGCACGCGCUAUCCGCGGCGCGUUUCAUUCCCGACGACAUCGAGGGUGUGGUGCUGUGGGCGCCGGUCGUCAAUCCCUACUCGCCAGAUCUGACGGCUGAGGAAGCGCGAUCGGUGUGGUCGCAGGUACCGCUGAAGUUUGAGUUCAUGCUCGCUCGGAGGGCGCCAUGGAUAUUAACGACGUACAUGGAGCGAGGAUUUCUCCCGCAUCUGUGGCAGGGGAUCGCUGACUUGGGCAUGCAGGUUGGAAAGAAAGAUCGCGAGUUCUUCAAGUGGCAUGGUCUGAAGACCCUCCAGGAGGAUGUGAGGGAGUGUCUCAGGCAGGGGCGGGGUAAUCAUGUAGCCGAGGAAUUGCGCCUGUACGUCAGUGAUUGGGGUUUUCGGCUAGACGAUCUGAAUCGGAAUCUGACGGGGACGGUGGACCAGGUGCACGAUCAGAUUCUCGAAGGCGGGGAGGUAGGAACGGCAGCGGCGUCGCGAUCUCCACGUGGCGACAACCAAUCAGCAAGCGGGUGUCGUACACCUGGCUGCUCUUCUCCGAGCACGCAUGGGGCAGAGUCGGAAGAUAGCAGUGCUGAGGAGAAUGGAGGAGGAGGAAGGAUAGGAGGAGGGGAGAAGAAUGCAUCGGGAGACUCUGCCACCUCGUCGUCAGUUCCACAGGCUGGUAGGUCUGAUGAGCCACGUGGCAGCAACUCAGAACUUGAGGAGGUGAACGUGAUGACGGAGGAUUCUGUUCAGUCUAGUGAAACUGGCGAUGGCGGACAGAAGAAGAGAGAGAAGAGUGAGGAGGGUGAGAGGGUGGUAAGUGAUCGUUCGCAGCCAUCGCUGCGUUCUCUGUCCGACCUUCACCUGCACGUAUGGCAUGGAACAGAUGAUCUUCUCGUUCCGCUGGCUUUCAGUCUGCACUUGAAGCGAAUGAUUCCUCGUCUUCAUCUCCAUCUCCUCUCGGAUCAUGGGCAUUUCUCUUGGUUCUGUUACUGCGAUGACUGUCACAGGGAGGUCCUCGAUUCCAUAUUUGGAAAGGACACGGUUACCGCUGCUGCGCAUAGUGGGGGCGACUUGCAGCGGGGCAUUCGCGCCCGCUGGGGUGGGAAACCAUCGUCGACGGGGAAGAAGACGACGGCGGCGACCGCCGGCUAUGACGGAGCCGCGGAAGAGAGGCGGGGGGCGGCUUCUUCUUCUGCGCCGACUGCCCCCGCGGAGGAAUCGCCGGCUGCGAAAGAAAGCUCCCUGCCCGGCACCACUGUGCCGAUUGCCUGAGCAGCAAAUCGUUUUGUUGUGACGUCAGCCCGAGCGAAGUUUACUAGGUAGUAAUUUGCGUACGUGCGCUGCUUUUGCUUUUAAAAGCCCCGACGCCCCGUUGUGACUAGAGACCAACGCUAUGCGGCCGCUGAUGCCGCUGUCGUUGGUGCUUGGUGCUGACUAAGUUUCUCGUUGACGUCAUCAGGAACGCAGCAGAAAGCAGCAGGUGACGAGUUUUGUUGCGCGCGGUGUUUUUGUGUAGUUCCGUUGUGGUGCCAUUCAGCUAACAGGGAAAGGGAGAUGGGGGAGGGGGGUGGGGGGGAGGGAAAGGCGCUUGGUUUGAUGGCCGUGUGCGAGUCUGCUGCUGCAUUCUUUCCAGUCCAUUGUUUUGAGGCUGUUGUUUUUCCAGAAUUUGCUUCGGAUCCUGUCAGUGAAUUCCCGACCGACGUCGUUCCCUGCGUGCAGCUGUUUGAUUGAGAUCGGGAUCGGUCGAUCGGGCGGGGAAGACGGGUCAUCAUCGGUGUCCUGACGACGACGAUCUUUGUCGCCAUCGUUUGUAUUGACGGCGACCAACGGGCGACGUGCUUCGUAGUCGUCGGUCUCUCGAUGUUGACGAUCAUCAUCGUCGAGAUCCCGUCUCCCGAUGUUGACGAUCGCGAUGAUCGUCGGGAUCCGUCUGUCCUCGACGGCUUGUAAUUUUUCAUUCCUGUGGGUGGAGAGCCCGCGUUGUCGACCGCGCGUUCUACUCGCAGGCCUGACUCCCACGGGACGGGACCUGGAGCCUUGGGAGGAGGACGUUAUUGAGCGCGGGAAUGAUGUCGAGUCCCAGAUCCCGAUAGGAGAGGGAGAUCAUCUUGACAAGUGUUCUGAUCGAGAAGAAAAUACUGUUUUUCUCCAAUGCACCAUGUUAUUUUGUGUGCUUUUUUUUUUUCCUUUUGUGUGUCAUCCCAUCCCCCGUUACGGUGAUCUUUUUGCUUUCAUGAUUGUGCUCGUCUGUAGGUCGUUGCCGGGUAGCGACAAUUACUAGUAGUCGUUUGUCGUUGGGGUCGUUAGUCGUUGGGGAGUCGAACAACGUCUCGUCUGAACUACCAAGCGUCGUUGACCUUAGAACGUGAGGUGUAUGUCCGGACUCGGGACUGAAAGUCGUCGGGAUACGGACUGUCUUUUGAAUUCUGUAGCGUGGACGUGCGGUAGGACGUUUUUAGAACGUAGCGGUAGAACGUUUAGAACGUAGCGGUAGAACGUUUAGAACAGGAAAAAAAAAAAAAAAAAAAAAAAGAUGCAUCAGGAAGCGGGAAAUGAUAGAUUGAAAGAGGAGAUCGGGACCGAGAUCGGGACCGGGGGACCGUAAAUUGGGAGGAGAGGGGGGAGGAAGGAAAUCGAUGGCCAGCCAAACGUUUUGUUUCGGAACACGAGCAUAGAGUUCUAUAUAUAGACAGACACGUGUGCGAUGAACAUGAACGUUGAAUGGGGCCACGUACAAUCGUUUUGUGUGCUGGUGCGUGGAAGAGGGAAAGGGAGACGUUGCAGCUUGGAAAUGACGCCGAACCUGAACGUUGAAUAGGGCCACAUACAAUCGUUUUCUGUGUGCUGGUGCGUUGAAGAGGGAAAGGGAGAGGUUGCAGCAUGGAAACAACGGAGAGCGAACGGCAAAUUGUAAGGAAGAUAUGACAUUGUGGGGGAAGAGAGAUGAGAUGUGGGAGGGUCAUGAUGGCUCGUCGUUUGCGCAACUCUCUGUAGGUGCCGGCGGCGGGUUCGA